GAUUCGCAUGAAUUGCCAAAUUACUGGAAUUAAGUUUUAAGGAACAACAAUCGAAAGUGUUGAUUAAGUGAGUAGAGUUAAUAGGCUUUUAUUAAAUAUUUAAAUGCAUUUCCAGCGUAUCUUGCUGUGUCUUUCGAGAGACAGUUUUACUGUCACUAAAUCUCGGAGCGCUCAGACAGCUCUGCGAACGCUCAAAUCCCGCCCCCUCGCUCUGAUUGACAGCCGCGUCAUCCAAUCCCUGCGAAGCGUGCCGUGACUGACAGCUGCGUUAAGCCACUGUCGGGAGAAUCCCGUUAUUUUUAAUUACCGCUGCUCUCGAGCUCGGGGCUCUUUUGUCGCGUCCCGUUUUAUUGUUUCAUUCCUCGGAACUUUCUUUGUAUUGCUCAGUUUCGCCGCCGGACUUCGCUCCGCUCCCGCUUCUGGUUCUGCCCCGGUUCUCCCGAACAAUGGAGUCCCUCCGACCGCAGCGGCUCCAGCCGGGCAUCGGCUUCGGCGCUGCCUCCACCGGGACGCUGCGCUCGUCGCUCCGGCCCGGGGUCACCGUCCCCACGGCGCCGCCCCAGCCGCCCCCGGCCUGCGUGUCCAUGUCCGUGUCCGCGUCCUCGGGGCCGCCGCCGCCGCCUCCGCCGCUGCAGCUGCACAGCCUGGGGAUGGGCGGCCUGGGGGCGGCGGCGGGGCUCGGCUCCGGCGGCGGCGGCGCGAUCGGGCUCUGCGGUCCGGGGAACCCGGCGGUGCUGCGCGAGGCGGUGGAGGCGGUGGUGCGGAGCUUCGCGAAGCACACGCAGGGCUACGGCAGAGUGAACGUGGUGGAGGCCCUGCAGGAGUUCUGGCAGAUGAAGCAGUCACGGGGCGCCGACCUGAGGAACGGAGCCCUGGUGGUCUACGAGAUGGUGCCCUCCAACAACCCGCCCUACGUGUGCUACGUGAGCCUGCCCGGGGGCAGCUGUUUCGGCAGCUUCCAGUUCUGUCCGACGAAGGCGGAGGCAAGACGCAGUGCCGCAAAGAUCGCACUCAUGAACUCCGUCUUCAACGAGCAUCCUUCGCGGCGCAUCACCGAUGACUUCAUCGAGAAGAGUGUGAGCGAGGCGCUGGCCUCCUUCAACGGUAACAGGGAGGAGGCAGACAAUCCGAGCACGGGCAUCGGAGCCUUCCGCUUCAUGCUGGAGUCCAACAAGGGCAAGUCCAUGCUGGAGUUCCAGGAGCUCAUGACGGUCUUCCAGUUGCUCCAUUGGAACGGGAGCCUGAAGGCAAUGAGAGAGAGGCAGUGCUCUCGCCAGGAAGUGCUGGCUCACUACUCCCACCGAGCCCUGGAUGACGACAUGCGCACUCAGAUGGCGGCUGACUGGGUGAACCGAGAGCAGAGUGUGGCGGGCACCAUCGCGCGGGAGCUGGCCGCCACCGAGCGCGAGCUGGAGGAGGCGCGGCUGGCGGGCCGGGAGCUGCGCUUCUACAAGGAGAAGAAGGACAUCCUGAUGCUGGCCGUGGGGCAGCUGGGCAACGCCAACGCCGCCACCCUGCCCUCCGGCUGCUAGACCGGGCCCGAGGGAGGAGCCGAGGAGGAGCCGAGGACGCGCCCCCACCUUCGUUCAUGAUUGUACAGGACAGCGCUGUAGGCACAGACAGAUCCAAAAAAAAAACAAAAAGACGCUUCAACAGGUUGAGCCUGUCACAUGCCGAGUAGAUACGUUUGAAAUAUGUAUUUCGAUUACUUGUCGGAUUGUGAUGUUUGUGCAUUCGAGUGUUUUUUUCGGAGUGCGGACACUUUAAUGCACAUUUUAAAUGCGUACCUCAGAUGCUGUGCUCUGUCUCUGAAUAUUCACCUGCCUUAGAUCUGAAACGAGAUCCAAACGUUUGCAGAACCAAGCUCAGCCGGGUUAAUCCCCAGUGACCCCCCCCCCACCCGGAGUGAAGCGUCGCUCCUAAUCAGCAUCGGUUUCCAUUUAGAACUGAAAUUAAUCAUGUUUAAUUCCUCUAGAUGAAUAAUCCAUCAACAUCCAGGAUGUUUUGUCAGAUGCCUUUCCCUAUAACUGUUCAGUACGUUAGGAAAUCUUCCCGCCGAAUGUGCUUCUUCGGCGUGGCCAGAAACCGAUGCAGAUUCACACACGCAGGCACGACGUCACGAUUGUGGGACAUGCGGUGGGCCUGCGGAUGAAAUAUAAAAAUGUGCGUCAAAAUAUUCCGUUUACAGGAGGAUAUUGGGACAUUUUCUAUAUUUUUAAAUAAGCUUUUACGUGUGCAUUUUUACUACUUCCGUCCUCAGAUGUUUGACUCGACGUGUAACAUCACCACCGACUUUGCCACGAGUUUUUCACGAAGCACAGAAUGUCACACUUUUUAGAAGUUUUUACAGAUGCCGUCGCUCUUCGUUUAGCUUAGAGAACUACAAUAUUAGGAGGACUAACCUGAAGCCAAUUUGCAGAGGUUAGAUGCAAUUUGAGGAAAUAUUUUGGGCAGUGUUGCCCAGUCCAAAUAAA